GUGCUUGACCUGUAAUACAGAAGUCCUCCAGGAUGCUGGAGUCCUAUGUAACUCCUAUUUUGAUGAGUUAUGUGAAUCGCUACAUAAAGAACUUGAAGCCUUCAGAUCUACAGUUGUCACUCUGGGGAGGAGACGUUGUACUUAGUAAGCUUGAAUUAAAGUUGGAUGUACUUGAACAGGAGCUGAAACUACCGUUUACUUUUUUAAGCGGGCAUAUUCAUGAGCUUCGCAUUCAUGUGCCAUGGACAAAAUUGGGAUCAGAACCAGUUGUCAUCACUAUCAAUACAAUGGAAUGCAUCUUGAAAUUGAAGGAUGGAGCUCAGAUGGCUACUGCUGGAAUGAUCAGAUUUCCUGCUUGCAUGGUAUUUGAAACUUAAAUUUUGUGGUGCAUACAGCAAAAGGUCAAGUGUCACCACUGUAAAACACUCUCAAAACAAGUAUUUGUUACAGAUGUUUAAGAUUCAGAGGCAAGAAAGGAUUUUUGAAAAU